AUGAAGCGAAAUUUUCGUAUUCCAUUAGAGGAGGAGCUUAGAAUAAUGGUGACACUAGAAAAUGUGUGUGCUUUUGAAAGCAUGCUAACUGGAAUGUACAGACUGGAACUUCUAGGAAUCAACAUGACUCAUCCAUGUGGUUUGUCCUCUGCAAUGAAUCAACUCCCUACUAAAGCAAUAGCUUUAGUUGUUGCUUCUCACAUCGAGAGAGAAUUACAAAUAACUCCCUGGAAUUUAAGCAGCAACUUUGUUGUCCAAAUCAGGAUAGAGGAAACAUUGAAAGAUUGGAGAUUAAUGGUGUUGGUGAUCCAACCGGAAGGUCGGAUAUGA